UGAAAAUUAAAUUGGGACUGAAAGAGGAACCAUGGGUACCCAUUUUUCAUGACUCUGAGGGAUGGAGGGUCUUCCAAGCUACCUGUUCAGGCAUUGGAUUUGUAAAAAAUGGAGAGAAUCUUCUUCCAGAAGAUGCUAGUCAAGCAGAAUCAAAUGAGGUACCUGUAGGAACUGACAGUAUCUUUCAGCAUCCCAAGAUGGCAGACCAGUGCGGAGAAAGAAGACAACAGGAAAAUUACUGCAGGAGUAGAAUGGGAAAGGUUUUAUCAUAUAGAACAAGAGACAAAGAAGUUAAGAAAGCUAAAAUGCAAAAGGCAGUCUUCACAUCUGGAAAAAUACACACACAGUCUUCCAACCGUGGGGUAUAUACAAGAAAAUGUAUAGGAGAUACACUUUUUCGAUGUUCACAUUGUGAGAAAACUUUUUAUUGGGAAUCUCUCCUUGUUGCCCAUGAAAAAUCCCAUGCAGAGGAGAAGCCAUAUAAAUGCUCAGUCUGUGGGAAAAGUUUCAGUCGAAGGUCAAAUCUUGUAGAGCAUGAAAAAAGCCACAGAAGAGUAAAACAACAUACAUGCUUAGUUUGUGGUAAGGAGUUCAAUAGAAGAUACCAUCUUGAGGCACACUCAAGAAUCCACACUGGGGAGAAGCCAUAUAAAUGCUCAGAUUGUGGGAAGAGCUUCGGUUGGAGACCUUACCUUAUUGUCCACAGGAGAAGCCACACAGGGGAGAAACCAUUUACAUGCUCUGUCUGUGGGAAAAGCUUUAAUCAGAGUUCACAUCUUACUGGUCAUGAAAGAAGCCACAGAGGUGAAAAACCAUACCCAUGCUCGAUCUGUGGGAAAAGCUUUGGUAAAAGAUCACAACUUCUUGUCCAUGAACGAAUUCACACUGGUGAAAAACCAUACAAAUGCUCCAUCUGUGGGAAAUAUUUUAGGCAUAAGUCAAGUUUGGUUACACAUGCGAGGAUUCACAUGAAAGAAAAUCCACAUGUGCCCUCCAUUAUUCAUAGCAGCAUUAGAUGUGAAAAUAUACAAAUAGAUGAAAAUCCAUAUACAUGCUCAAUCUGUGGAAAACCCUUUGGUAACAGAUCAGUUCUUAGUACUCAUGAGCUAAUCCAUACAGGAGAAAAACAAUAUACGUGCUCAGUCUGUGGUAAAAACUUCAGGCAAAAGUCAUCUGUUGUGAGACAUGAAAAAAUUCAUUUACCAAAGAAGCAAUAUAUAUGCUCAGCUUGUGGUAAAAGCUUCAGUCAUAAAAUACAUCUAGCUCAGCACACAAGAGCCCAUUCAAGAGACAAACCAUACAAAUGCUCAGUCUGUGGUAGUGGCUUCAGUCAAAAAUCGAACCUUAUUGUGCAUGAGAGAAUUCACACAGGAGAGAAACCCUAUUCAUGUUCUGUCUGUGGAAAAAGCUUUGCUCAAAGAUCAAAUCUUACUUGUCAUGAGAGAAUCCACAGAGAAUAGAAAAAUGUCUCACGUCCUAAAUAACACAGGGACGACCAACUUCACAGCUAGCAUACAUAACAUUUUAGGAUUUAAAAUAGUGUCUGUGAGGAAUAGCCUGGGGGAAGGGCUGUGGCUCAGUGACAGAGCUUUUGCUUGGCAGGCAGAAAGCCCCCAGUUCAAUCCCUGGCAUCUCCAAUAAAAAGGAGCAGGUGAUGUGAAAGACCUGUAGUAGAGACCCUGGAAAGCUGCUGCUAGUCUGAGUAGACAAUACAAUCAAUACAAUACAAUGGUCUGAUUCAGUAUGAGGCAACUUCAUGUGUUUACUUUUUAAU